AGCUUAUCCAGCCAUUAAUGUUACUCAAAACUAUGCUAAUAUUUAAGAAGGGUCUUUUCCAAUUUUUUCAAUUUUCGUUUUAAAUAAGAAAAAGAUUAAUAAUAUGGAAAAAAAAAAAAAAAAGAAGAAAAAAAAUUGUUCUUUUCACCACACCCUUCUGUUGUUGUUGGUUGCCACAGUGAUUUGGACUUGAAAGCGCCCAUCUUUUCAUGUCUAUUGACACUGAUAGUUGAUACAUCACUUGGCUUGUUCAUGUCGUCUUUUGACCCUUUAUUUCUCUUCUUCCUCUGCUCUUCAUUUUUGUCAAACAAAGCGUUGAAGUAAUCUCUACUAUAACCAACAAAGCUCUUGGACCCUAAGAGAGAGAAAAAAGAGAAGAAGAAAAAACUAAAAAAGACUGAGAAAGAGACUAAGAGAGAGUUUUCAAUGGGGUCUUUGGGAGUUCGAGCAGCAGAGAAGAAGGCAAUGUGGCUCUACCCUAAGGUUAUGGGAUUUAAUCCUUCUGAGAGAUGGGGUCAUUCUACGUGCUAUUCUCAAGGGAUUCUCUAUGUCUUUGGGGGAUGUUGUGGGGGUUUGCAUUUCAGCGAUGUUCUUCUGCUAAACCUCGAGAUGAUGGUUUGGAAUGCUAUUAUAUCAACAGGCCAAGGGCCUGGUCCAAGAGACAGUCACAGUGCUGUUGUAGUGGGGCAUAGAAUGAUUGUGUUUGGAGGUACAAAUGGAUCAAAGAAAGUGAAUGAUCUCCAUAUAUUAGAUCUUGGAACCAAAGAAUGGACUAAACCUGAGUGUAAAGGGACUCCUCCUUCACCGCGAGAAAGUCACACCGCCACGCUUGUUGGUGAUGAGAAAUUAGUGGUGUUUGGGGGUAGUGGAGAAGGUGAAGCAAAUUAUUUGAAUGAUUUGCAUAUUCUAGAUCUCAAAACCAUGAGAUGGAGUUCACCUGAGGUGAAGGGUGAUAUACCUGUCCCAAGAGACAGUCAUAGUGCUGUUGCAAUAGGGAACAAGCUCUUUGUGUAUGGUGGGGAUUGUGGUGAUAGGUAUCAUGGCGAUGUUGAUAUGCUUGAUGUGGACACACUGACUUGGUCAAGGUUGGCAGUUCAAGGAUCUUCACCUGGUGUUAGGGCAGGUCAUGCAGCUGUGAAUAUUGGAACGAAGGUUUAUGUCAUUGGAGGUGUUGGAGACAAGCAUUACUACAAUGAUGUUUGGAUCUUAGAUGUAGGCACUUGCUCAUGGACCCAGCUAGUUACACGCGGCCAGCAGCCACAAGGCCGGUUCUCUCACACAGCAGUUGUUACAGACUCAGACAUUGACAUCUAUGGAGGGUGUGGGGAGGAUGAACGUCCUCUCAAUGAGUUGUUGGUGUUGCAGUUAGGGGCAGAGCAUCCAAAUGGUCGUUACAACAUUUCCAUGUGCAAAAUCUUCGGAAACCAUUGGAAUCAAGACAAGAGAAGGUGCUCAAGAGGAGCAGAAAAUAACAUGAAAACAAUGCUUAUGGGGAAUAAUAUCGUAUUGCAAGAGAGAGCCUAUGAACUGGAGCCAGAAACCAAGCGAACUUUUCAGUUCAAUUCUGAUACUUUACAUCCGAAGAGGAGAAGAACUAGCACUGUAAAAGUAUGGGAUGUUGACUCAGAACAAGAGGAGCAUUCUCUUUCACUCUCCCAGCACUCAUCUCCCUCGUUAUCAGAUCAAGAACAGACAGCAACUCAAAAAGCAGCUGAUUCAGCUGCAGGUUCUCAAGGAUUCCAUUUGUUUAAGCAUCUAAGUGAGAUACCAAGCAAUUCCCAGUCUCAGAAUAUUCCAAGUAAACAGAAGGACUUUGGGAAUGCUGUCCAAAGAACUCCAAAGGAUAUUCAUCUUUUAGGAGAAAUUCAAACCCAACCAAGACAAGAACAGUUUCUUCAUGCUCACAUUGGUAGAAAUAAUAUGCAAUUCCCAGCUGUAGAUCAGAAGCCCUUGGAGGCAGGGCCUAUUCAAAAUUUGAUUGGCGCUGAGGUUCGAGGCAAAGUUGAUGGAGCAUUUGACUCCGGAUUCCUAAUGACUGCGACUGUUAAUGGAAAGCUAUUCAGAGGGGUUUUAUUUCCGCCUGGACCAGGAGCCAUCCCAAGAGGACCAGGGUCAAUUCUUUCACACAACUCUUCUUCUCUAACAAGCAGCCAAGUACCUGUAGCUAUAGCUCAACCAUUGCCAAACUCAAGUCACUCAGAACCACCCUACAAGCUCUCCCAUCAACCAAUAAAGAACUCCAUACCAGGUUCUGGACAGAGUUUCCGACAAGCUCAAGUGGGUCGGCCAUUUCCUAUCAUUAGAGCCACUUCAUCAUCUUUACCGAAAGAGCCAAGCCUUAGAAGCGAUCUUCAAGGUGUGGUUCUAACACUAGGUGGACCUGGAAGUAGCAAGAGUGGAUCCUAAAUGGCUUCAUGUUCGAGAUCAAUGGAAAAUGUUCAUCAUCUUCUGAUAAAAUUUUGUACAUUUUUGGAGUAGAUAACGUAUUUUUUUGUUUUUUGUGUUUUGGUUGUGCGUUUUGUCAUUAUCAGGCUUGCAAAGAGGUUAGGUAAAUUAGGUGGUCCAAUGGUUUUCAUGAUCUUUGUGUAUGUAUCGGCCGGUAUGUAUGCUACUGUCAAUGAAAUAUCAAGAGAGCCUUAUCUGUCA